UAGCGAUUUGUUCAUUAUGAUCAGUUGAUUUAACAAAGCAAAGCAAAACAAAAUAAAUAAUACGAUUUAAAUAAACAAGUCAUACAUAUACAUGCAAAGAUUCUUGGCAGAAUAAUAGUGACGUCGUAUUGAAUAUGACGAUAUAUAAAUAACCUCGACAAUUGAAGGAAAAAGACCUGAUUAUCACACCAUUCUUAUUCAUAAGCAGAAUUUCAUUCUUUCUCUUAAUCUAUAUGUUUGUGACAAAUAUAAAAACAUCAAAAUGUUUCAAAAAAAACUAUGUCUAUGUUUCAUAUUGAUAUUGUUGAAACCAUAUUAUUGUUAUGUCCAAGGUAUAAUUGAACAUUCAACACCAUCAUCCGAUGAAAUGAUAUUCAUUCAUAAUCAUCAUGAUAAUAUGGAUGCCGAAUCAUAUGAGGAUAAAAUUUUACGUGCGCGUGCUUAUGUUAAUGUUCUAUCGAUGUCAUCUGAUGAUCAUCAUUUUAAUCAAGAAUCAUCAUUGUCAUCAUCAUCAUCAUCAAAGUAUAUGUAUGGUCCAAUCGAACCAUUUGAUCAUCGAAAUAAUGAUAAUCAUCAUCAUCAUAAUAAUGUAAGAUUCGAAUGGAUGUAUCCAUUUGAAUUAUACGAAUGUAAUAUGGAAUGAAACAAAAUGAUGUUUAUGUAUAAAUGGAUUUUUACAUUUUCUAUUUCUAUCAUUUUUUAUGCGGAUAUUCUGGCUUUGUAUU